AUGGACAAAUUCUUUGAGCUGGAGAUGAGCGUCCGCGAGAGCGAACUUGACCAAUACGGAGUCGUGAAUCACGUCGUCUACCCUGUCUACAUUGAUAAUGCUCGAGAGCAGCUGCUUACGGGUCUUGGCAUCAGCUCGGCCUCCGUGGUAUGCGCCGGCAACGCUAUGGCGCUGUCGGAGCUGAACCUCAAGUACCGCACGCCUCUAAGGCGCGGUGGCAAGUUUGUCGUCGGGGUGAGGGUUGUACAAAUCAAGGGCGCGAGGAUACGCUUCGAGCAAUUCAUCGAAACGCUGCCGGAGCGCGAGCUCGUUCUGGAAGUGACGGCCACCGCCGUUUGCCUCAACAAGGAUCACCGCCCGACUCGGGUCUUCCCCGAGAUGUCGUCCAAGCUGCAGCAAUUCUUCUCAUCAUAGGAUUAAGAGGAAAAAAGUUUAAUAAGAUGGAAUUAACAGCAACAUGGCGAGUGUAGCAAACAAUAAGGAUGUUUCUGUAU